CCUUCUCUUCACCAUUUUUAACCUAUCAGAGAAGAAAGAAACUCCGACACCAAAAUCCGUAGAAAUGGGAAGUCGAAUGGGAGGACGAGUGGUCCACUUCGCGCAUCUUCCGAUCAAGCUUCUGAUGCCGACGAAGCUAACGAACAUCAACGAAUUCGCGCUGAAAACGGUCCCAUCAGCGACCAAGAUCGAGAUCAAGAGAGUCCUGGAGUCUCUCUACGGGUUCGAGAUCGAAAAGGUGAACACUUUGAACAUGGACGGGAAGAAGAAGAAGCGAGGAGGGCUGUUGAUAGCCAAGGCUGACUACAAGAAGGCUUACGUCACGCUCAAACACCCUCUGUCGAUCUCGAGGGAUCUGUUUCCGGUGAAGUUCGUCGAGGAAGAUAGGAAGAGCAAAGUGAAAGGAUCUAGCUUUGUUGAAGAGGAGGAUGAUAAGAAGAGUCAUUGGCUUGAUCAGAAGGAGAAGAGGGAGAUCGGCGGUUACGGUGGUGGUAAAAGUCGUCGCGGUGGUGGGAGAGUGAAUUCGCCGGCGAGAGGUGCUGCGGCGGCGGGUGCGGAGGCGAAGUUUCCGUGGAGUAACAUGAGGUUUGGUGGAAAGUGAGGGUUUUUCAGUAAUUUCAGUUAUGGUUUAUGACCGACCAAACUGGUUUGUGUUUCGUUUAGCUGUCGGAUUAUUUUAUGGACUUUGUUUCUGUUAAGCUCUCGGUGAGUUUUUGUUGACACUGGCAAAAAAAAGUCUUAAUCUUUCUCUAAGUAAUGAUAUGAUUAUGGAACACAUUAGCUAUGA